CAGCGUCAUAACAUUGGGGACAAGGAUUUCUUGAUCUGCGCAUGGAAGUCAAAACAAGCAGCCGAGCCGCUCACGCCAAAAGCUCGACGUUUCUGGCAAGCAACCAGGGAUGAUUCACGGUGAGCGAGUUGCGCCAGCAGAUCGAACAGCAAUCGCCAGGAUUAACGAACACCCGCACAAUCGCGCAUCGCCCUAUAGUUAAAUUAUCGCGGUCCCUUGAUAACACAAAAACAUGCUCGCAAUUUACCGGUAUCUGGCCUAGGCAAAAUUGUAUGUGAUAAUUUGGCAAUGAACAAUCAACACAACCCCUAGCACGUAUUUUCCGUGACCCACCCCAUCUGGCUAUCCCCAGGGCCGUGUCUGCUCAAUGCCUUCCUACUGGUAUGAUAUUCUUUCUUGGUAAAAUCCCCGAUGAAACUUCCGGGAGCGCCCCCGACAGGGAGGUGUUGGAAUCAGUUUAGACUUCGGACAUGGACCGAACAGAUGGCAUACCCGUAUUGAGAACACUUCCUAUAGGUUCACCUCCCUUGUUGAUCUCGCUCUCCUGAUGCCCGACGUCGCUGUUUUCGACGCGAUUGGUGGGGUUUUCGUAUGCUUUUCCAAAAGUUUCGAUCCCAGCCGUUCUAAAUACAAUCCAGCACCCCAAAGCGCAGCUGGGGUCAUCCCCGACGAAAUCCCUACCCCUCUCCGAAUCCUGACCACAAAAAGUGCCGCGAGAAUAACUACCGUUAUUCGGCUCCUCACACCCCCGAUUCCCAUCUCCGGGCGACCCAGAUUCGGGCUGCGGCUCUGGUUGUACCACCUACCGUCGUUGCCGUCGUUUAGCUUGGCGGCGUUCCUUGUUGUCAUUGGAAAAUCCCUUCGGAACCCCUUCUCCCUCCGUCACGGUCGCGCUCCUCUCGUCCGUACGACUGUCGCUGCUCAAAAUCCCCAACAUGCCGACCGUUACUAUCCCGCUCUCCAUAUUUCGGUUGGUGGUGUCAACCGCUGGAUAAUCCGCCAUCGUAACCCCGUCCGCUGCUCUCCGAGUCCCCAGCGUUCCGGCUCAACGAUCUGUACGUAAGCACAGUAGACUGCGGGGCGAGCCCGGUCGUUAU